AACUGAUAGCCAACUCACAACCUCCGCUAUUGAUCGAUAGCACCAAACAGACUUGCGAAUUGCGAUUUAUAGAGAAACGCCUAUUGCAAGAUAUGCACGCACCCAGUACCACGAAGCUUGAGCAUUGCCAAUCCACUACCAUGACCCAUCUCUGCUGUGAUCGCAGCUACGAGCUCCCGCUGCGACAAAACCUCCUGCUUCUGCUCCACCUCCUCGACGUCAUUUGCUUCAUCGCCAGGGUGCUCCUGGACCGCCUCGGCGUCGUGCCGUGCCAAGGCGAGACGCAGCUGCCUGGAGAGCCGUGGGGUGAGCACGUGGAAGCCGCUGCGGUGGAGCGCUUCCUGGAGGCGACGUCAUGGGCGCCCAGCUCGCCAUCGACCGGGACGCGGUCGCCCACGGCUCCGUGGUACAGGCGACGGCAGGCUGCCAGGCCGGUGGAAGACAAGGGCGCAGAGGACGACGAGGGUGCAGCCGUUUGCGCGAUUUGCCUGGCCGGACUGGAAGUGGGAGAGUGCCAGGUCGCGGAGCUGUGCUACUGUCCACACGCGUUCCACGUCGCGUGCAUCGAUGCCUGGGUCGCCAGCGGCGAGGCGGCCACCUGCCCGCUGUGCCGCGCGCGGAUGUAGCCUACGGCGUAGGACGGCCAGAGUUGGUGCCACGCUCGCCCCGGUGAAACGCUGUUUCUUACCCCCAUAAAAGGCGGACAUGACCUAUAGAUAUUUGUACAUUUAGAAGGGACGACACCACAUAGCGACGGGACGUCGAGACUAUACAGAUAGAAGUUUACUAGUAGAAUUUGUGUUUGAGAGUAGAAUUUUUAUGAUUUUUAUUUUUAAAUGACUAUUUGUUAUCUCGUGGGUGGGCUUAUAAUCAUAAUAAUGUAAUAAUGGACGGCUAUAUAUAUUUUAUAAUGUAAAAGCUAAGAUAAUAAUAUUUA